AUGCCCCCGCCCAAACCCAGGGCCCAGGGCCCCGCGGUUCAACUGGAUCCCGACGAGCUCCUCGCGAGGGCCGAGCGCGAGGCGUUCGGAGGGGACGAGCGCCUCGCCGAGCAGAACGCGACGCUCGACGAGAAGGGCCUGAGGCGCAUGGUCCUGGCGUUCGAGAGGCGUUACGCCGCGAACCAGACGGCGCGUUUAAAGCACGCGGACGAGCCCGACAAGUUUGUCGAUUCCGAGGUUGACCUCGACGAGGAGAUCAAGCGGCUGGGCACCCUGGCGGGCUACCCGGAGCUGUACCCGGAGUUUUGCCGACUCAACGCGGUGCCCUCCAUCCUGGCGCUCCUCUCGCACGAUAACCCCGACAUCGCGUGCGACGCCCUCGUCCUGCUCAACGAGCUCACCGACGCGGACGCCGUGGAGUCCUCGGAGGAGGGGGGCGCCGCGCUGGUGGCGAGCGUCAAGGAGAACAGCGGAUACGAGCUCAUCUACCAAUGCCUCGAGAGGUUCGGCGGCGAGGCGUCGCCGGAGGAUCAGGCGGCUAUCGGUAACGUGCUCGGCAUCGUGGAGAACUGCGCGGACAUCGACGUGGACGCCGCAGCCGAUUUCUGCGCCGCCGCGCCCAAGCUCCUCAAGUGGCUCCUCAAACGAAUCGGCUCGAAAAAACCCACAGAUAACAACAAGCUCGCGGCCGCCGAGGUUCUCGCCAUCCUCGUGCAAACCUCGGACGAGAACAAGAAGCGCGUGGGCGACAUCGGGGGCAUCGACGCACUGCUGCGCGCGGUGGCGCCGUUCAAGGGAAAAGACCCGGCGGACGAGGGCGAGCGGGAGGUGCUCGAGAACAUCUUCGACGCCCUCGUGGCGUCGACGAUGGAGACGAACAACAAAAAAGCCUUCGUGGAGAACGAGGGGUUGGAGCUGAUGCUGAUGAUGAUGAAGAGCAAGCGGAGCUGCAGGACGUCCGCGAUCAAGUGCGUGGAUUACGCGCUGACCCGGUGCCCCGCCGCGUGCGAGCGGUUCGUGGACAUCCUCGGGCUCAAGACGGUGUUUUCCGUCUUCAUGGGCAAGGGAUUCGAAAAGUUGCGCAAGAGCGCGGGGCUGGAGGCUGUGCAGGAGGAGGAGGAGCGCGCGGUGUCCGUGGUGUCGUCGCUGUUCCUCCACCUCGCGAAGGGAUCCGAGAGGUAUAACAGGCUCUGCGCCAAGUUCGUGGAGGACGAGCACGCCAAGUGCGACCGACUCGCCGAACUAUACGCCAAGUACUCCAACCGCGUGAAAGCCGUGGAUGCCAGGCUGGAGACGCGAACAAACGAGGAAUUCGAGCUCACGCCGGAUGACCUCUACGUGGAGAGGCUCGGCGGCGGCCUGUACACGCUGGAGCUGCUGAGUCUGAUCUUCGCCUCCGUCUUCGCCACGGGUCACGCGGGGAUCCGUACGCGGUUGCUGCUGCAGAUGGAGCUGCGCGGCGUGAGACGCAUCCUGGAGACGCACGCGGAGAACAUCGGAGGCGCGGACGGGGAGGAGGAGAGGGUUAGGAGGCGGGCGCACGUCGUGAAGCUGCUGGUGGCCAUCGGCGGCGGCAGGCCGGAGGGGGAGGAGGAAGAGGCAAAGGCUGCUGAGUGA